GGGAACCAGCUUCAGUCGAUUGUAGAUGGAGAAAAGUUAAAUUGAGGGAUUUCUUUUUUUAAUUGGUGACGCGUUUGUCAUUUUGAGCACCUGCAUUACUGCCUGUUCUCCAGGAUAGUUGCACUAUAACUUGUGCUGUACAACAAUCGGAAUUUUCCGAUGUGUAGCCUUGUAGUUGAAUCGCCUUGUCACAUGUUUCAGAACAUCUCGUCGGCACUGACUCUCUUCUGCUCGCGUUUUUUUCUCUCUUUCUGCCGUGAUGAUGGAUUAUCAAUAGCAUGAUGAAGACACAUCAUUGAGAUCUGCAGCACUUGUGAAAGAAAAACCUUUAAAACAGGUGGCAGAUCCAGCAACAGUUCAAGCUGUUCAGAUUAUCUUCUGCCACAAUAACAGGCUGCCAUCUGAGAAACGCUGAGAUACAGUGCGCAGGCUCUCCCAGCGCUGUUCUCCAGCAUCAAACCCCCGAGCAACGCACAGCGGACACUCUGGCCAACACAUUCCAGGUUUGUCGACGUGCAAACCCCGAAGGCAAUUCUGGAAAUCAAGCAGAACAUUUAGAGACGACAGAAAAACACUGUUGGAACAUUAAUCAGUGGGGGGAACUGAGUCUUUGUGUCUCUCGUUUUCCGUUCGCUCAACUCUCCUCAGAAGGUCAGAGGAGCAUGUAACCGAAACAAGCGGAGCCCUCGGUGAUUUCAGCAUUCUGUCUCCCCCAUCUGUGCCUACAUUCUCCGCUACAGAUAGGGACGUUUUUGAUAAUUACAUGUAAUUAUAAUUUCUGUGGGAGACAGAUCUGCCUCUGUCUAUUAUUGCCAACACCUCCAACACAAUAACUUCACACAUUUACAUAUUUCUCAACAAAAGUGAUAUUCUUUGAACCUCAGAGACAAAUCAAGAAUAAUUUUACUUAGAGAGACAUGUCACAUGGAGACGAAAUGUGUCAUUCAGUUCAUAUCUAAUUAGUGAUACGGUUGAAUGACACGGGUAACUUUUUGUGCCUAAAAGCUGAAUAGAGAGCAUUUAAAAUCUGUGACGUUUGCCUCAUUUUGCAAUGUUUUUCACAGCCUGGGAGCCAUUUCCUCGGUUUAUGCUAACUCCUAAUUUUCAGCACCUAAACUGAGCCUCCUUCCCAAUCACAGAAACCGUGCCAGGCGACUAUGGAUGCACAUUAAUCCAACCAUAGAAGAGAUUGAGAUAAAGUACACGGUGCAUCUAUAGAUGUGACGAGUGCCUCGUGCCUAGAGUUAACAUGGAGAUACGUCCCUGCUCCAGAGACACUAGGCAUCAUUACUAGACAGAUGUUUAGUCUGUUAAUCCCAUUUGAUUGUUUACAAUGCUGAUAAAAUUACAAUAUAUAUGAAAAUAAUUAUAGAUUUCAUAAAUUUUUUCAGAAAGGAAUUGCUUUCAUCUUAAUUAAGUGCCAAUUCUGAAUGUGCCAGAUUAAAACAGUCAUCCUGGAAUGAACAAAACAGAUAAAAGUGUUUACAUUUGAUAAGAAAAACUGGCCAUAGAUUAUUGUUCAAGUGCCAAGGUCAGCAAGAAUGUAUAGGACUGCCAUAUUGUAUUGAAAAAUAUUUGCUACUAAUUUUUACUAGCCUUAGUGGUUACAAAAAUGUAUUCCUUCCAGCAGUACGUUAGAGAUUGGUCAUUUUGUUCAGUGAGGAGCGUAGAACAAGGCAUUAAGGACUAAAAGCAUGAAGAUUGUUGUUUUCAAUUUGUCCUCUUUACAAAGCCGCAUCAAUUUUAGUGUUCUGGACUUGAGAGGGCAAAAGAUGAAGUCAUUACGCAUUCAGAGAUCCUUUCUAGCAGUAAAUUAAAAGCAUUUUAAUACCAUUAUCGACAAUUAUUGAAACCUACCAACUGUUUUUGAUAGUGUUAGACCUUUUCAUUUGUAUUGUUCCUGACCUUUUCUAAUAUUACACCAUAUAAAUACUCAGUUUCUGACAAAAAAAAGGCUUCAAAUUUCCUCCUCCAACAUUACUGAAUGAAACUACUGAUACAUCAUCAAUAUUCAGUAGGUUGUACAUGCUACUUGAAUAUUUCACAUGCCAUUUUAGUGGGUUAAACGGCAAAAGCGGAUACUGCAUUGACUCAACAACAGAAAAUAGAUCUCUUAGUCAUGUAAAAAUGACGCCCACCACCAAUCUCCGAGUCCUCGCUGUCUCCCUGCUCUCCCUCCUCACUGCCCCGCUCACCACUGUUGUGGAGACCUCUCCGUCCCCCCCUCCUCAGCAAAUAGACCCCCCAGGGAGGCCUUUCACCGAGCAGCCCAAGACUGGCCCGAGCCCCCCUCUCCUUCUCCUCGCCAUGCAGGCCAAUAUCAGGCCAGCUGCUCUCCAAGGCAGGAUCAAAACCCCUGAGAAACUUCCAGAAACCUCAGAGGGAGUUCUCGAGACGCCUCCGAGACCCCUUCCCCAGGUAAUGUUCCCCAAGAAUGUGACUUCAUCAGAGGCCCUCGCACCUCCCUUAGGCGCCGCCAAGGUAGCGCCCAUUCCACCCCGCAUGAUGGAAUUAUGGGUUGAUGUAUGUCGAGGUUAUUAUGACGUAAUGGGACACUUUGACAACGCCUUCAACUGCUCCAAGGACUCCUUCAUCUUUUGCUGUGGAACUUGCCACUACCGCUUCUGCUGCCCAGAGCGUAGCCGGCAACUGGAGCAGGAGCUUUGUAAAAACUAUUUCUCUCCAGACUGGGCCAAGCCACAGACGGACGCCAUGAUUUUACCAGAGGACUUAGGUCCCGACCCAGACUUUGAUCCACUGAAGCAGCAGAGCCACAACACGGGCUUCGUCAUCGGAGGCGUGAUCGUGUUCAUGGUGGCUGUCGCUGUGGGCAUAAAGGUGGGCUUCAACAAGGUACAACAGGAAGCCAACCAAAGGGACCUCAAUAUGCCCAGAGCCCUGGUUGACAUGCUGCGGCACCAGUCGAGCCCAGUCCAGCAGGAUGAGAGAAACAACAGCGUGGCUCUGGCUGUAGGGGACGGGCAGGGGACACUGGGGAGACCUCCGAAAAAUCUUUACGCCCCAGGACUGCCCAGCAAGGACAACAGAUUGGGCAAUUUGCAACACAAUUUCAUCCACUCUUCAGGCACCAGCCCCAAACACACCGCAACUAUCGAACGCACCCCUAGGAUGAACAAUGCUCAGCUGGCAGCUGGAGGCACCCUGCUUUCCAAUAAACACAACAACACCAAAUCCCAGCCGGCCUUCCACCACUCCCUGCACAACCUGGCUCAGCUGCCGCCCUCCUAUGAGAGCGCCACCAAGCCUGAGCUCAACAGAUACUCCUCACUCAAACGACUCGAGAAAGGUCUUGAUGAGUACUCAUCUGGUUACUGCACCACAAAGCGCCGGCCUCACACAGCCCAGCCGGCCCUCCAGUCCUCUCAGCACCACCUCCACUGGGGUGGAGACUACACCCUCAGUGGGAGAGGAACCCUUCCCAGGCACGCAGUCCGUCCCUGGAUCCCGCCGCCGCCUCCUGGCAUGCCUGCUUCACCCACCCCCAAUCCUUACCCUCUGGAUCCCCCGGAGCCCCAGUAUAACCCCAAUUACGACACUCUCUCCAAGCCGAGGAAAGUUAAACCCUCUGACCAGCUGCUCAACAUGGGUGACGUCCCUGGCAACACGGGGACACUGUCCAGGAUGUCCAAGAACCAGCAACACCAGUACUACAAAGCCAUGGCUGCCUCCAAUAAGAACUCCAACACGCAGACGCUCACCAGGAAGACGCAGGACAGGCAGGAGAGGCAGGACAGACAGGACAGGCAGGAGAGACAGGAGAGACAGGAGAGACAGGAGAGACAGGACAGGCAGGACAGGCAGGAGAGACAGGAGAGACAGGACAGGCAGGACAGGCAGGACAGGCAGGAGAGACAGGACAGGCAGGAACGGAUUCUCAUGUCCCCGGACCAUCUGGAGGAAAGGAUGGGUGUCGCCGGGAUGGGGGUUACAGAUCCAUACGCCCACACAGGAGGGGUUGUCCCCACACUGCCUCGCCAGCAGAAGGCCCAGUCCCAGCAGAACGUCUGCGCCACGCCCUCCCUCGACCGACACCACAUGAUCAAGAUGAACUCUCACCCCACGUCUGGACGAGAGCAGGAGAGGAACACGCCCAUAACAGGGCACAUGAGCGGGGGCAUGGGCUGGGCGGGCGAGAAUCCCGGGGCGGGGGUAGUCAUGGGAACGGGAACACUAGGGGGCCACAGCGCCAGGAGGAUGGCUUUUGCAGCGAAAAGGCAAAACACCAUUGAGCAGCUACAUUUCAUACCGGGAGCGGGCGGUGGGGGGUCAACAGGAAGUGCAGGAGGGAGUCAGGGGAUCAGGACGGGGAGUAAAAAUGAGGUGACGGUGUGAGGUCUGUGCCUAAUGUAGAGUUUACCCUCAUCAAAGGCACAGGAGUCGUUUGCCCUUUUGCAUUUAACUAUUAGAUAUAUAACUACAAGAACUAGAGGUAUAAAGUAUAGUAACAUUAUAACGUGUUUAGGCUAUUCAAAUUAGUGUUAUCUUGUAAUUAAAUAGCUUAAAUAUGAUUACUUGAUUAAAAAUCUAGGUGGGGAAUAUCUGUUCCAAUUAUGUAAUAGCCUGCAUCAGCCAUAUUUUGUAACACACUUUGCCAUAUUGCCAUAUACAGCGGUGCCAUUACUUGUAGAAAGACUGACUGGAAGGGUGAAACAAAACCAACAGACAUGUUCAUCAUUUUGUUUUUAUAUGUUUUUCAAAAAGUACUCAGGAGCCAUAUUAGAUAGGGAACGAUAGGAUAUAUAUAUAUAUAUAUAUAUAUAUAUAUAUAAAAAGAGGUCGAUGCAGAGGAGGACGUUGUGGGAUAUUGUGUCACAGAAUUUAAUAGAGAAUUGAGCCAACUACCUGCUGGACUGUCAACCUGCUCAGCUCUCGCCAACAAUGAUUUAUUAAACUGAACCUCAUGGGUGAGCAGCCCGGUGGACCAGAUGAGUGUGAGUGAACCAUGUGCCUGGCGAGGGGAUUUUGGAGAUACUGAUACUCAACCUCAUCCUGACACAGGGAAACAGAACUGAUUUUUGUUGCUUCCUAUGUAAAUCAGCGGACUGUCUCUGACUGGGACUCAGCAGCCUGUUGGCAGGACUCCGCACCUGAUUUUCAACCGCGUACGUUCCCACAUUACAAAUCUGACGCCUGGGUUGCCUAAUUUUCCAUGUGACCUUAGAUCCAAUCCCCAGAGAGACUCACACUCUGAUCACUGCUACACUACAGUAGUGUAAACUGAUGUUAGAUUACGUUAUGGGUGACUUUCCACUAAUGUUCCCAUCUAUCUAUAGAUCAGAACUGUAAAAACAAUGGGCUACCAAAUAAUAUAGAGCCAUCUGUCACCUUAUUACAAAAAUAUCUUGACACAAACAUAGACGAGUCAGGAGACGCAUGUGUUCAGUUUACCAAUAAAAAGGCAACUUGCUUUAAUGCAGGUUGUGAACGAAGAGCAAAGGUUUUUCUACAGAGCACAAAUGAAUAGACCGUGACGCAGAGGUUGCACUUACACAACUGUCCUUCAAAGCCAUUUAUGGAGAUACAAAGAAAAUACCACAGAGGAAGCUGGUCUGACAAUCACCAUUUUAUUAUUCUCACCAGGUGACAAAUUAUACAAGUCAGUGAUAUUUUGUACAUUCAAAGGAUUGGCUUCAGAGCAAGCCAAAAAAAACCUCUGAGUCAGGAGAGAGGGCGACCUGAGGCCUUCUCCUGCAUGGCUUAUGUGCCGUAAGAGACUCGGAUGAUUAGGAAGCCCUCCCCAUCCUCAAGAGGAAGACCUUGCUGUAUCAUAACGCACUUCAGCCAGUAUGAGUAAAAAAAACAACAACAAAAAAACAGAAAAGAGAAAGAAAAAAAAAUCUUCAUCAAUAACAACGCUUAUCAAUACUAAGGGCUAUCCUAUCCUAUAUACUGUAGUAUGUGAUAUCUGUGGUCCAUAUAAAUACUAUCUCUUUCUCUUUUUUGUGUUGAUAUUGUCAUGAUGUAUUAAGUAUUAAUGUGUACAAAAAACAAGAGCAAUUUAAGCACAGUUCAAAGAGAAACACAGAGACAAAAUAAACUUUGCACAAAAUCUAUCCCGAUAUUUGCACCAGAUACAAACUUACUUUGUAUCGUGUCCUCAAGGUUUACAUUCUGUACGAGCGCGGCUGACAGUGUGACUGAUCAAUGGAGGGUAUUGUAUUGAGAGAGGAUUUUUUUUUUUUUAUCCACAUGAAAUCAGAGAUAAUUUUCGCAGAUCAAAGAAGGAACUUGUUACUGCUUGGUUUUUGUUCAGUCAUGUGGAAGGGUUACAGAGAUGAAAUACUGAUUAACAGAAACACAGAUUUCAUUUGGAAAAUCUUCCUAUACACAGUGCUAAAUGUAAUUGUUAUGAAUAUGAUGGAGUGUUAUUAUUAAUAAUUAUUAUAACUGUUAUGGUUAUUAUUAACAAUUAUCUUAUGAUGUGAUGUUCUUUUACUUGGUGGGAUUUAAGUGUUUAUUGUUUUUAGAUAGCUAGCAUUCUCAUGACUAGUUGUUUUUUUUCAUACAUCUGGUCAUUAAUUCAAGUUUUUAAAAACAUUCCAAAUCUUGAUGCAUGCCAGCUCCAUUUCAUUGAGAGGCAGUUACGGUAUGCCUGGAUUUUAAGGUCAUCCACGCUUAUAUGGCCAAUUUUUCCAGCUGUAUGUACUGUGCCUAGACAUCGGCCUUAUGACUUCUUGAUCUCAAGUGAAAUUAGGUUUCCACUCGGGUAUUAAAAAUAUCUAUUGAAAAAAUCUGCAGCCUUCUAAACGUAUGUGUAGACAACGGUGUUUUAACAGCCAGUGAGGGAUAGGUGUGUUCGAACGGGCCAGAAGUUAUUAACCAGACUGGAGGCGGUCUGUUGUCUCCACUGCAGCAGCCUGACCCAAUAACAUAUUGUGGGUUGUACACACUAAACCCAUGAUGCCAUAAUGUAUGUGUGUUCGGAUGAAUGUUUAUUACACAAGGUGGAGAUAAACGGAGCUCUAAUGGAAACCUGAAUGCUUUGAGUGUCUUUUUCAGGGAAAUAGGACAGUUGACAUACAGUAGUAUUAGAUUUUUUUAAUAGAGCCACAAAAGGUCUGUAGCAAAGUCUGUAAUAUCUCACAAGCCAUAUCCAUUGAAACUCAUCAUCACAAUUUUAUAAAUGGUUAAUCUAAUUUGUGCAAGUAUUGUAUUUUGUAUAGCUAGUACAAUCAGAAUAUUUUGAGUGAUCUCUUUGACAUUAAUUUGAGGAUUCAACAAAUUAUGUGUUAGUAGUUAAUGAAUUGUACAGUGCCAAACUCAUAGCAUUUUGUUGUCUUUCUAUUGUCAUAGCCUCCUACAAGACUACAGGGGUUAUUUAUUUUUCACAACUGAGAACUAACACACAGGCAAGUAAGCUAAAAGAGCUAGUUAUCAGAAAGAAAUUAAUGAAUAUGAUGUGUGUUUUUACCAUUAUGAAUUCAUUUUAGAGAGAGGAUGGUUAACGGCCACCUGAAAUGUAAAGCAUCGCUAACAGUAAAUUGUAUGGACAGGGAUCGUGUCCAGUAAUGAAAUUCAUGGAUUUAUUUUCAUGCCUAUAAAUUUCAAAACAACCCUUUUGUUAUUGUUCAAUGCAUUGAUCCCCUUGGAUACGACAGUGACUUACAAAGAAUUUGUAUAAUAAAGUUGGUGGAAAAAAA